GUGCUUGUGUGGGUGCUGUGCCUGCCACAUAACGAGAGAGAAGCUGGGGGCAGACAUGAGCGUUGUGCUGCUCUGGAUUGAUGCAGAAGCCGCCAAGACUCAGCACCUUUCUUUUCCGUCAGGGGAGAGGUGAACAGCUCCGCGCGAAAGAGUUUAAUUUAGUGCUUUGGGGAGUUGGUGAGAAGCUAGGAGAACUGAGUUGAGGGAGAGGAGGAGGAUCAAGAAAGGGGGGGGCAGGCCCGCGCACGCGGUGGCGGCGAUGGCGGGUUUGCUGAACCCGCGCGCGCAUCCGGACUGCAUCAACGCUGGCAACCCCGUGCACGAGUGCUCAGACUACUGCCUGCGCAAGAUCGCGGAGCGCCGCGCGCUGAGAGAGGAACAACAGCAGGCAUUGUUGGCGGCAAGAGGAGGGGAAGGGGGAGGGGCGCUUGGCGGAGGCGAGGAAGACGGCGGCAGCAAGGGCGCGGGAGCGAACAGUCUUCCGGCCGCGUUCGGGCGGGUGAGGUCUGUGAAACGGCGGAGGGAGGGGGAGGAGGGGAGGGUCGGGGAUGGCGCGUUUGUCGCGGGAAACAAAAGGGGAGAUUCGAUAGCGUCGUCGUCUACGACGGCGGGUGAGGGGAAGGCCGCUGGUCUAAUGCCGCGUGUGUCCAGCGGCGGUUCUUGGGGUGGCGGCGCGGAGCAGCAGCAGCAGCAGCCUCAUCGGCACAGAGAAGAUGGGACUUCGGGAGCAGGCCUGGGAGCAAGAGGAAGAGCGGGAGACAACGGCGGGGACGACGACGACGUGGGCCCGGCGGAGGGUGAUGGCGGAGGGGAUCCGCUGGCGGGGCUGGACGAGCGCGGGCGGAAGUUGUUCGAGCUGCGACUGAAGCUGAAUCAGGCGCGCAAAUCCAAUCAGUCCGCAGUCGUUGCGGAGAGAAAGCGGGAGGAUGCGCCGCCGGAAAGCCGAGGUAUGUCGAAGGCGCGCUGGUUGGAAGAGCGGGAAAAGAAGCUGGGCAGACAGUUGGAGGCCAACGGGCUGGACAUGAGCAAGGCAUUCAUGCUGGACACGCAAGACGAAGCAGAGAAGAAGUACAAGAAAUGGGAGAAGAAGUCGGCACCCUUUGGCGGAGAUGUGUUCAACCAGAGGACUCUGUAUAAAGCCUACCUCAAGCGCACCAAGGACGUUCCUCCCGAGGCCGUGGAAGACUAUCAGAAAAGGAAAGGAGCGGAGCUGGAAGGGGAUGAGAGGGGGGAUGAUGGAGCUGGAAGGGUGGUUCUCGGCGAUGGCGUCGUCGUGCACGGGGUGGGCCUCGGGGCGGCGCAAGUGCCGGCGGAGAACGUUGACAGAAUGGUGGCGGAGCUGGGGAAGAGGGUGUCGAAGCGCAAGGCGUUCAGUCGGAGGAGGAAAUUCUAUGAGGAGAAGGACAUCGAUUACAUCAAUGAGAGGAACGCCCAUUUCAACCGCAAGAUCGAGAGGGCGUUUGGCAAAUAUACGGUGGAGAUCAAGAACAAUCUGGAGAGGGGGACCGCGCUGCCUGAUUGAGAGAAAGAAGAGUGCGCAAAUAAGACAACCGAACGAACGAAGUACAGACCUCGAAGGUCAGAGAGCUGGAAAAAGGAAGUGUCUUCUGCGGAUGGAGGGCAAUCAACAAGCCGGGAGGGAUCUUUGAAGCACGAAGAAGCAGCUUCACUCCGUCCGUCUGAUGGCUGUCGCUGGUCAUCAUCAAGCAGAGGAUGGUAUAUGGUUAUCUGGCAAUCUGUGAAUGCUCGUGGCAUUGCAGAAGGUUGGACGUGCACACGUGAUCAACACGGAGGAAGGAACAACACUGUGGCACAGGGGAUAAUGACACAGGUUUGCCAAUUUGCUGUGUGCUGCAUGAUAGCUCUUAGGAGGACCGCGAAGCGUUGACAAUGGUAAUGAGUGCGCAGUUCUGAAGGGACUGGGAAGUCGGCGAGAGAACGUAUGGCUGCAGUUGUUGCAGGCAACUCUGUCAUAAUGCCCUUGUAUAAGCAGAAGUGCUGACAUGGAGGAUGGGAUGGAGAUAGUGCGUGCGGAGAUGCGGCUCAGGGGUGAGCGUGUCACGUCUUAUGAUGGUGGUGGUGCGGUAGUAUGUAGCUAUGUCUGAUCCCUUAAAGAGAAAUGAUGGUUGCUGCAGGUUUGUUGCGGUUUGGAUAUUAUGCAAAGACUAUGAGCAGUGUGAUUUGGUGUUAACUGUGCACGAGGGUUUGUGCGUAGAAGGCAGGCAUCAAGCAAGCAAGCGUCGUUGUUGGAAGAAACGAAAUUGGUGUUUCAGAUGCUCUCUAUUUUUACCUAUUUUUUGUCCAAUCGCCGCUUCCCAUGAGGGUAGUUAUGCGGUGAUUUGUCAAGAGCGUGUUCUUUUUGCGUUAGCAGUGGUAUAGACCUUGUUGAUAUGCGAAAAAAGGAAUUCAAUAAACAUCUCACCCACCUUUGAUUGCAAUGCUCGGGGCAGAGUAUUCAAGGGGUGGAGGAGGAGGUGGAGGAGGAGGUGGAGGAGGAGGUGGUCUUCUACUGGCUCUCAACUGUCAGCUCUCUUUUUAUCGAGGGCUUACCACGUGGCUCAGCUAUGUGGCGAUUUGUAAAGGGACGUCCUUUGCGUGCGGAGUGGAGGCGUUGGCGACCUGUCGAGUAUUUGUCCCAUCCUUGAUGCAAUGUUUGUUCAUAGUCAUCAAGGGAUGGGGUGGCCUCGGGUUGUGCAGUGCAAACUGGAUCAGUGGCAUCAUGAGUAUCUUCUGAUGGGCCUGCUCCCCACCAAUAGAUGGAGCUUGUUUUUUUGUGUAUAAAAAAAAAAAAAAAAAAAAAAAAAAGAGUUUCUUCUGAUGGUUGGAGUUUUGACUCAGGCCGGGUAAAGGUUUCCUGGGAGAGGUCGUGGCGGUUUAAAGCAAGCAUUGAGGGCAGUAAUCGGCCAAUGGCGUAGCCUGUGCCCCCCNCCCCCCCCCCCCCCCCCCUUGUUGCAAUCAUCAAUCGGGGUGUUUAUUGAGAAACAGACGGACUCGAGAAAGCAAGCAUUACCAUCCAUCGAUGUCUCCUUGUGCUCAGUCCGAGUUGGAGAUUACAGUCGAAGAGAUCGUUGCACUCUGCUAGACUGGACGAAGGUGAUGACCAAGAGGGUCUCCGCUGGGACACACUUAUCAGCUCUUUUUUUCUGUGCAUAGAUGGUCCUCUCAGCGCAUAUUUGUACCAUCUCUUUUUGAAACCGCGAGCGCCCCUCGGCUUGCUGCUUGACCUGCACUUUCGCUGCACAACCACCUGGUUGGUAUCUUGAUAGGCGGACUGUUUCUAAGGCUAACUGUACACCCCGCCCGGGCUCCCGGCUAUUUUUUUCCCCACCUGGUGGGAUCUGGUACCAUGGCAGGCCAUUGUGUGUAAAGGUAUGUGCAGCCUCCCCGCAGUUGCAGAAAAUUGUUACAGAGGAGGGGGGGGGGGGCAAGAUUGUGAGGGCUUGCGCUCCAGUGGCCUCGGUUCUUUCUCGUUUUCCUUUUAAUCUGACAGUUGAGGAAGAAAGGAAGUUUAAGGAACGGAGGAAAAACAUGGCGGCCUGCAAUGUUACUAUUUUUAGACUGUUGUGCUGGCUGCAAUGUUACUAUUUUUAGACUCUCUGGUGCUGGGUGAAACUGCGGACUCCAAGGACUCCAAGACUAUGUGUGGGUCUUAUCUAUGACAGAAAUAUCAGGAGGGUGCAAUGUCUCAAUGAGAGUUGGAUUGCGACCACGAAAUGGUGUGUGCAUUGGUGGAACCUUGCCUGGAAGGGAAGCGGUAAUGGAGAUAAUGGGCCUGGCUGCACUAUUCUCCAAGUGUGCAAGAUGGGAAUGAAUCUUCCACUAGAGCGUGGAAAGAUAAUACAUACACCGCCAUAUUUUUUUGUCUUUUGUGUAUGUAGAGUAGAGCACGAAGUUAAAAUUUUGUUACUGAUGAUUCUCGCGAAGUAGGGAAACAUACUCCACUGUAUCUCCUCACCAGGUUGAAAGUACACGAAAAGAAGUGCGAUCCCAACAGGAUGCUAUACAAAUACCUGCGCUAUAGAAAUGCCUAAAGUGAGAGAGGGUCGUCAGUCCAUGACCGCCAUGUCGGUCGUCCCAAGUUUUUGAGAGGGGUAUCGAUGUCCAUGUUCUCUCCAUGAUGACUAUCACCGCUGGUCAGAUCAUGGGUAUACAUGUUGAUGAGGCAUGCGGCUACAUCAUGUCACUGUCGCUUACACCGUCUUGGCCGACGUUUUCUCAAGACUGACCUUUUCUUUGACAUUUCACGGAAACACUUCCGUCCAGCCGACGAUAUGAUUCUUUUUUUUUUUUUUUUUUUUUUUUUUAAAUCAAAACAGGCCUACAUC